AUGUCUACCGAAGGAAAAACUAUCACCUGCAAGGCCGCGAUUGCGUGGGAGGCAGGUAAGCCUCUCUCGAUCGAAGAGGUUGAGGUUGCUCCGCCCAAGGAGGGUGAAGUGCGGAUCAAGGUGCUGUAUACCGGUAUCUGCCACACCGACGCAUACACCUUGUCCGGAAACGACCCCGAAGGCGCCUUCCCCGUCAUUCUGGGCCACGAGGGCGGUGGUCUCGUCGAGUCCGUCGGGAAGGGCGUAGACAACGUCAAGGUCGGAGACCAUGUUGUGCCGCUCUAUACUGCCGAAUGCAGGGAGUGCAAGUUCUGCAAGUCUGGAAAGACCAAUCUCUGUGGCGCAGUGAGGAGUACCCAAGGUAAGGGUGUCAUGCCGGACGGUACCUCCCGGUUCAAGUGCAAAGGCAAAGACAUUCUCCACUUUAUGGGCACAUCGACCUUCUCGCAGUACACUGUCGUCUCAAAGUUCUCGGUCGUCGCUGUCAACGAGAAGGCUCCGCUGGAGAAGGCGUGUUUAUUAGGGUGUGGGAUCACGACGGGGUAUGGGUCGCUUACAAAGACGCCUGGAAUCGAGGACUCCAAUGUCGCCGUCUUCGGUAUCGGCUGUGUCGGACUCUCCAUCAUCCAGGGCGCACGGAGCAAGAAGUGCAAGCGGGUCAUCGCGGUAGAUACCAACCCCAAGAAGGAGGAAUGGGCCAAGAAGUUCGGUGCGACUGAGUUUGUCAACCCCAAAGACCUGCCCGAAGGCAAGGGCAUCGUCGAGUACUUGACGGAGAUUACGGACGGUGGAUUGGACUUUACGUUUGACGCUACUGGAAAUGUCGACGUCAUGCGCCAAGCCCUCGAAUGCUGCCACAAGGGCUGGGGAGUGUGCAAUGUCAUCGGUGUGGCCCCGGCUGGCGCUGAGAUCUCUACGAGGCCGUUCCAGCUCGUCACUGGCCGGACUUGGAAGGGGAGUGCAUUUGGGGGCGUGAAGGGCCGCACGGAGUUGCCGGGGAUCGUGGAUGACUACAUGAAGGGCACCCUCUGGGUGGACGAGUUUGUCACCCACCAGCAAUCCCUCGAGAACAUCAACAAGGGGUUCGAGGAUAUGAAGGCGGGCGACUGUAUUCGGUGUGUGGUGAACAUGGGCCAGGGGACGGAUGAGGAGUUGCAAAAGGAGAGCAAGUAG